GGUACUGUUAGCAGGCAAAAACGUAUGGGUGUCGCUAACGUAUGAACUGGCUAGAAAAACGAAGUCUAAUAUCAUGUAUGCGUUCCUCAUUAUACCCGGAAUUAUGGCCCAUUAUAUAGCCUCGGUCAGCAGCAUCAAGUCAUCUUCUGGCUUCCGUAAGUGCGCCUGGAACAGCCCUGCAGAUCCAUAUCUCGAGUCCCUGGAGAUGUACAAUGAUCUCAUGGAGUCUUUGUUUGGCGAACCGCGCGUUCACUGUGACAGACCGCCACCAGGUUGCCAAGGCCUCAAGGAGAUUGUAGCUGGCGAGCGAUCCGCAGUUCUUGCAAUAUUUUAUGAGCAUUCUCUCAGUCUGUGCAAUUUAAUACGCCUACAAAAAUGGACGAAAGGAAAUUUAAAAAAUGCGACCGAACUACUUCAGUUGAGAAAUAGCCUAUUACAGGAUGUCAUUCGCCUGGCAGACAGUACGGAAAAACUGACGGUAACCCAACAGGUUGUAUAUGAUCUAGUGGAAGAAGAUUUGAAACAAGUUUUGAAAUACGAACAAACCCUAAAGGAACAACAGGAUACGUUGCGCCAUGUUACAAUGGACGUCCUUGAAUUGCAGGACAUAGCCGUUCACAUGACAACAAUAGCGUCUUGGCUAUCGUAUGUUUCGAUUGCUUUGAUUUUGCGAUACGCUGGGGGUAUCCGUAUAACUGCUGUCUUAUUGCUUUUCGGACUAUUCUGGACGGCUGAGGUCAUGGUUAAACAUAAUCUCGUCCUGUUCCCUGUAGACGAUGUCAUCCCAAAAAACGUCCAGAUCGAGGUCAUUCGACUCAUAGCCUGUAUAUGUGGGGUCGCGUUGCUCUGGUUCUCAAGCUACCACCAACCAGCCGAUCUCUUACAAACCACAAUGCAAAAGUGUCUCGUCCAGAUCGAGUCGGCUCGGCAGGCUGCUCGACAUCUCUAAUCUACUUUAGUCAUGCACAAGAACUAGUGUUGCCUACCGGGAAAUUCUAGUUGUUGAAUGAAGAUCACUGUAGAACUAUGGUAAAAUAACUGAAUUUUUUUAGCUAGAAAAUAAUCAGCGGUAAAGGAUGUGUCGAACAUUAAAUGUGUGCAUACGGGCCCACCCUUUGCUAUAGAUUAGUUUUUUUUUUUUGUAAACCUUUAUGGAACUUACACACCCACCGGCAAUUUUAUUAUAUUUCGUUUUUCUAGCGUGAAAAAGCAAUACAUGCUACUAGCUACCAAGAGACAACAAUCUGAGGGAAAAACAUUCCAUACGUUAUUGCAACUGUUAAUGAAACAAUCAGUCGAUAUCGUCGAACCUUACCUUCAAGCAAACAUUGCGUACGAAAAAGUACGGGCUCUAUAUGUCCUUAAUCUCAAAUAUUUUCCAAUGGAAUUUAAAUGUUUUCAACGGCGGCGUUCUUUUAAUAAGAUAGCUAUAUUUUAAUUAAUUGUAGUUCAAUGGGCCAUUUUUUUAAAAAGAUUCUUUCA